AUGAACGCUAAAUUUCCUGCCAACUGCUCAAAUCCAAUUCUAUACACCCAAACUGCUGUAGGGGUGAACUUGGUUUCACCUCUACCUUGCUCAUCCAAGCUCAUUUCUCCAAUUUUCAUCUCUUCCUCUUCCACUGUUAUCACUUCCAAAACCACAAAUUCUUAUGAGGAGGCUAAACCCUCCAGUAGUAGUGCAAGCAAAACUCAGGUUCACUCCCUAGAUACGAAACUAUUAACCCUCCUCAGCCAAAGGAAAACUGAGGACGCCUGGCUAGCUUACACUCAAUGUGAAGACCUACCAAACCCCGAAUGUUUGAGCCGUUUGGUUUGUCAAUUAUCCUACCAAAACACCGAUUUGAGCUUCGCCCGGGCGCAGUCUAUAGUCCAACGUCUUCGGGAUGAGCGGCAGCUCCACCGUCUCGACGCCAAUUCCCUCGGCCUUCUUGCGGUAGCUGCGGCUAAGGGAGGCCAUAUCCUCUAUGCCACAUCUAUCAUCAGGUCCAUGCUUAAGUCUGGGUAUCUUCCUCAUGUGAAAGCUUGGAGCGCUGUGGUCAGCCGGCUUGCUGCUUCUGGUGACGAUGGUCCGGGGGAGGCCGUAAGACUCUUUACCUCUGUGACUAGUAGGAUUCGGCGGUUUGCGGAACCUACGGUGGCUAAGGACUCCAGGCCAGAUACUGCUGCUUAUAAUGCUGUUCUUAAUGCUUGUUCCAACCGUGGUGACUCUAAGAAGUUUCUACAGCUCUUCAGUGAAAUGCCCCAAUUUGGUUGUGAACCUGAUGUUUUGACGUAUAAUAUCAUGAUCAAGCUUUGUGCUAGGGUUAAUAGAAAGGAUUUGCUCGUGUUUGUAUUGGAGAGGAUUAUUGAGAAAGGGAUUCCAGUGUGUAUGACUACUCUCCAGUCACUGGUUGCUGCUUAUGUUGGUUUUGGCGAUUUAGAGACUGCAGAGAAUAUAGUUCAGGCAUUGCGGAAAGGGAGGACAGAUAUUUGCAGGAUCCUAAGGGAUGCAAAUGUUAUGGAUGAGAAAAGCUCUGAUGCAAGCAGUGUCUUUGAAGCACUGCUUCCGAAUUCUGUAGGAUCGGAAAGGAACAAUGAGCCAAAGGAGUUACCUAAAGCGUUUGCGCCAAACACAAGGAUGUAUACCACCAUAAUGAAAGGUUACAUGAGAGCAGGUCGUGUCGUUGAUACCGUGAGGAUGCUCGAGGCCAUGAGGCAUCAAGAAGACAGGGCCAGCCACCCAGACCAUGUCACCUAUACAACAGUGGUCUCGGCGUUUGUGAAAGCUGGGGCAAUGGAUCGUGCCAGGCAAGUACUAGCUGAGAUGACUAGAAUUGGUGUACCAGCCAACAGAAUUACUUACAAUAUUCUCCUGAAGGGGUAUUGUCAACAGCUGCAGAUUGAUAAAGCGAAAGCAUUAAUGCGGGAGAUGAUAAGAGAUGCUACCAUAGAACCUGAUGUGGUUUCUUAUAACACACUGAUUGAUGGAUGCAUUAUGAUUGAUGAUAGUGCAGGAGCUCUUGCAUAUUUCAAUGAAAUGCGAGCACGUGGAUUAGCUCCUACGAAAAUCAGCUAUACAACCUUGAUGAAAGCUUUUGCUUUAUCUGGUCAACCAAAACUAGCUGCUCAAGUGUUUGAUGAGAUGCUAAAAGACCCCAGGAUAAAGGUUGAUUUGGUUGCAUGGAACAUGUUGGUUGAAGGAUAUUCCAGAUUGGGACAGAUUGAAGAAGCAAAAAGUGUCAUCCAACAAAUGAAAGAAGAAGGAUUUUACCCCAAUGUAGCAACUUAUGGCAGCUUAGCAAAUGGGAUUGCGUUGGCUAGGAAGCCAGGAGAGGCACUACUACUCUGGAAUGAAAUAAAGGAGAGGUGUGUAGUGCAGAAGGAAGGAGAAAAUUCUAAUGCUUCAAGUCUUCCACCAUUGGAGCCAGACGAGGGUCUCUUAGAUACUCUGGCUGAUAUCUGUGUCAGGGCUGCUUUCUUUAAGAAGGCCUUGGAGAUUGUUGCAUGCAUGGAGGAUCACGGCAUACCACCAAAUAAGUCCAAAUUCACUAGAAUCUAUGUGGAAAUGCAUUCCAGGAUGUUUACCAGUAAACACGCUUCAAGAGCUAGGCAGGACCGAAGAAAGGAGAGGAAGAGAGCAGCAGAGGCGUUCAAGUUUUGGCUGGGAUUGCCCAACAACUAUUACGCCAGCGAGUGGCACUUUGAUCCUGUAACUGAAGAUGAUUAG